CCAUCAUUGCGUCAGGUUGAGUUGAUGUGUCUUCAUUUAUAAUUUUCGUUGCGAAACUUCACCAUCGAAUUGAGUUGAGUAUUUCACCAUCAUGGCACUUGUAUUCCACCUUGAUUGUUAGAAGGAAGGCCAAAAAGGCCUUCCAGCGAAUCAAACGAUCGCCAAAGGUAAGAACGUCGAAGUACACGACGAAAGGACCAAAAUUUUUGUGUCCCUGCGAGUUGUCUUACGCCAUCACAUCGCCACUUUCGUGCAACGUCAUAUCUCUUACUUGGCAAAAACGGAAUACACGUAAGGCCGUAUACGGACGCGUUUUGCUGAUUUGGUCGCCUCCGUUUCUCUUUAUUCGUACAACGAAAAAGAGUUUACUUGAAGGAAAAUUGCGUUGCUUUAAAUGAACUCUUCGACGACUCGGUACCAUCCCUAUCAGCGCAAUGCAUCCAAAACAAAUAUUGAAUCUACGCCAUUACCAAACUUGACUAUAACUCAUCAAGCGACGAAGCGAACAAAUGAUUUACCGCAGAUAUGCAAGGUUGGAAAAUACCUUUUAUUGGAACGUCCCGGUGGAAGUGCUUUAUACAAAGCAGUGGACACUGAAACAAGAACAGAACUUGCUUGCAAGAUAAUAGAUGUCAAUAAAUUCCGGGAGACACUAGCGCCGACCUUUCACUUGCCACCACACGAUGGCAUCAACAAGAUUAUCGAAAUUUUGGUCAGUGACUCCUACGCAUAUGUAUUUUUUGAGCGAUCCUUCGGAGAUUUACACUCGUACGUUAGAACGAAACGCAGACUUAAGGAGGAAGAAGCUAGCAAACUGUUUCAUCAGGUCGUCAGUUCAGUUGCACAUUGUCACGAAUCGGGUGUUGUCUUGCGCGACCUGAAACUCAGAAAGUUUGUGUUUCAAAAUCCAGAGAGAACUACGGUGAAACUUGAAGGAUUAGAGGACGCUUUUCCUCUUGAUGGACAAGAUGAUACGCUGGAAGACAAGCACGGGUGUCCGGCUUAUGUCAGCCCAGAGAUCUUGCAAGCAAGCGGCGGUUACUCUGGCAAGGCCGCCGAUGUCUGGAGUCUAGGUGUUAUGCUGUACACUAUGUUGGUUGGACGGUACCCGUUUCACGACACAGAACCCAGCGUGUUGUUCUCGAAAAUCAGGCGAGGACAUUUUACAAUUCCGGACACGAUCUCGUCGAAAGCGAAGUGUCUAAUUCGCUCUAUGAUGCGCCGGGAACCGACCGAGAGACUCUCGGCGCGGGAAAUUCUCGAGCACCCCUGGUUCAUGUCCAGUUUCCAUAUUACUAGUCCUUGUAAGAUAGAUCAGAAACUUGCCGAUCAAACAGUGCCAGACUUGGCCUCGGACGACACACCGUCUUUCUUUCUCUGAAUGCCGUAAAUAAUAGCAGAUUAUUUAAUUUACCUGUAUAUAACUUAUAUAUAUGUAGCUACCUGACGCAUUUAAUAGUGGCGAGACGAAACCGAGAGUAUGUUUUAAAAUAUCGCAGAGAAUUUAUCACUGAGAUCGAUUUUUCACUUCAAAAUUAUCAUUCUUUUUGGCUUUCUUGAUAUCGAUUUUUGACUCGUCUACAUCUUAUAUCUUGUUCUUGUGUGUACAUUCUGUUUUUAGUAUGAAUGGCUUUUUUUGUGCAAAGAUACUAUUUCAAGGAGGGUGGAACAUUUGAACAGCAUUCAUUUUCCAUGUUUUCACCUCUCAGUGCUUUUAUUAAGAAGGGAGUUAUUUUGCGAGCGCGCGCGAACGAAGCAGGGUUGUUGGUUUGAAAAUUACUUAGAGAAGGUUGGAACGUCCCAACAUUUACUGUGCUGCAGUCACGGUUUAUAGUUGUGAUUAAAGACUGAUAAAGCGUUGA